UCCAUGUCUGACUUAACAUCGGAAGUUUUCGUUUGUCAUUCUUGCACCCCUAGUUUGUUUAACCGAUCAGCAGAUGAGGUGAUCUUCGACGCGCACUCGGCGUGGGUUAAAGUUUGGGUUAAAGCUGCGGUCGGACUGCCGGGUGUGCGUCCUGGUAGCACCUCCUCCACCUUCAGUCCUGCAGCGGUGGUAUGGUGUUCUCGAGCAGCAUGACACAUAUUUUCAGGAUUUCUGACUUGAUAGCUGUCUCCUGUAAAGGCUCUAAACGCUGUAGUUCUUGACCUGCUGAGAUUAAAGCACAUUUGACGAAGGCCAUCGUGAGACUACUCCUCAUACUUCACUAUGGCAUCUAACAUAAUUGUAGAACAUCAGAUUUCUCACAAAUUCACAGUGACGGUGGUCCGAGCCGAGAGCGUCACCAAAGGAGCUCUGGGCGACCUGUUGGACACCCCGGAUCCAUAUGUGGAGCUGUUCAUUCCCACCGCUCCGGAGAGCAGGAAGAGAACCAAGCACAUAGACAACGACAUCAACCCCAAAUGGAACGAGACCUUUCACUUCAUUUUAGAUCCCAACCAGGAGAACGUCCUUGAGCUAACGCUAAUGGACGCCAAUUAUGUGAUGGAUGAGACGCUUGGGACGGCGUCCUAUGACAUCACCCAGCUCAAUGUAGGCCAGACGAAGAUGGAGGCGUUCCUCAUCGGCAAAGCAACCAAAGUCUACUUAGAAAUGUCCUUGGAGAUCUGCACUAACCUAGACUUGCGGUUCAGCCUGGCCUUGUGUGACAAGGAGAAGCAGUUCAGACAGACUCGCAGAGAAAAGGUGAUGGAAGGCAUUAAGAACCUCCUGGAGGACGAGAAGCCCCGGUUCCUCCCCAGCUCUGAAGAGGAGGUACCGGUCAUAGCCAUAGCAGGCUCAGGAGGAGGUUUCCGAGCCAUGGUUGGUUUCUCUGGGGUGAUGAAGGCUCUGAUUGAGUCCGGGGUCCUGGACUGUGCCACAUAUAUCGCCGGCCUCUCUGGAUCUACAUGGUACAUGUCCACUCUUUACUCACACCCUGACUUUCCAAAUAAGGGCCCAGAGGAAAUCAACCAGGAGCUGAUGCACAGAGUGAGCAGUAACCCGCUGAGGCUGCUGCUUCCUCAACACAUCACCAGUUAUAUUCAGGCCCUGUGGAACAAAAAGGCCACAGGACAGCCUGUUACAUUUACAGACAUCUUCGGUAUGCUCAUAGGUGAAACGCUUAUACCCACGAGGAUGGACAUCAGACUGAGCGACAUUCAGGAAAAAAUCAAAGAGGCCCAGAGUCCGAUGCCUCUUUUCACCUGUCUGCACGUCAAACCUGAUGUCUCCGAGCUCAUGUUUGCAGACUGGGUGGAGUUCAGCCCGUAUGAAAUCGGGAUGGCCAAGUACGGCACCUUCAUGACCCCUGACCUGUUUGGCAGCAAGUUCUUCAUGGGAACAGUUGUCAGGAAAUACAAGGAAAACCCCUUACAUUUUCUAAUGGGCGUUUGGGGCAGCGCCUUCUCCAUCCUGUUCAACAGAGUCCUGGGGGUUAAAGACAACACAGCUGGAGGCAGCACCAUGGAGGAGGAGUUAGAGCAGAUCAAACCUCAGCACAUCGUCGGAGAGGACAGUCUGGACAAUGAUGAAGAACCACGCAAAGGUGGGACUGAGAGUCAGGAAGCUGAGGAGGAAUACCAUCGAACGGCUCAGAACAGCUGGGUUCAGCGCAUGUUCACGUCGCUGUUCAGUGACUCGGCGUUGUUCAACACCAGGGAGGGCCGAGCCGGGAAGGUGCAUAAUUUCAUGCUGGGCUUGAACCUGAACACCAGCUUCCCCUUUUCUCCUGGAAACGACUUUGGUUGCAUCGCCCCUACGUCUGACGAUGAGGUGGACGCCGUCACAGACCCGGAUGAGUUUGAUCGAAUCUACGAGCCUCUCGAUGUGAAGAGUAAGAAGAUCCAUGUGGUGGACAGCGGUCUGACGUACAACCUUCCAUACCCACUCAUCCUGCGGCCACAGCGAACCGUCGACCUUAUCAUUUCCUUUGACUUUUCUGCACGACCCAGCGACUCCAGCCCUCCAUUUAAGGAGCUUCUGCUAGCAGAGAAGUGGGCUCGAAUGAACAAGCUCCCGUUCCCAAAGAUCAACCCUAAAGUGUUCGAUCGUGAGGGACUGAAGGAAUGCUACGUCUUCAAACCAAAGAAAGGAGAAAAGAACUGCCCGACUGUCAUCCACUUUGUCCUGGUUAAUAUCAACUUCAGGCAGUUCAAAGCGCCUGGCGUUCCCAGAGAGACGGAGCAGGAGAAGGAUUUAGCAGACUUUGACAUCUUCGAUGACCCAGAGUCGCCGUAUUCCACCUUCAACUUCCAGUACAGCAACGAGGCCUUCACUCAGCUCCACAACCUCAUGGAAUUCAACACACUCAACAACCUGGAGGUGAUUAAAGAAGCCAUCAAGGACUGCAUCGUGGCCCGGAAGGAGGACCCCACCGGCGUGUCCCUUCCGUUCCCUCUCAGCGCCAUCCCCAAAAAGAGGCCUCUGAAACGAGACCACAGCGGGAAAAUCUUGGAACAACCUUUGAAAAGGUCGUAAAAGGGAAACAUUUUUGGAGCGGUUUUCUUUUUGGAAAAUGCCUCCAUGUUGUUCUGGUUGAGGAUUUGUUUAAAGGCGCGUGGGGGCUGUUGUAAAGACCCUCCCUGUUUACUGAGAAAAGGCUCAUCUUUGCAUUCAUUACAACACAAUGACAGUUUUGAUCUGACUAUUUGCAUGAAUUUGACUGAUGGCCACUAUCUGUGCACAUGGACUGGAUGUUUAACACUGCAGCAGGACCGGAUGUCACUGAAUAUAUUAUUAUUGCUGGACCUGUUUGAUGCUUACUAGUAAAUCUCAAACUAUUUCAUCUGUUUGUUCUUGACGUUUUACAGAAAUCCCAGUGCUUUGGGUUGCAACUUUCCCAUUAGUCUCAUGCAUCCUAGGGCACAUUUGCAUCUUUCCACUAACUUAUGCUUGUACCUCAUGCUGCUUCUAAGUUUUAUUCACUGUAAAAACUUCUUUGUCCUCACCUGUAUCACAGAACUCCCCAUUAGCAGAACUCCUUCCAUAUUUAAUGUGCAACUACACAUCACGCAAAUAUUUUUUUUUUCACCGGAUGGCUCGUCUAAACACGUAAACCUUUUUGAAAACAUGGAAGUGAAGCUUGUAACCAUUGGUUUUGUUUGAUGGCAACUCCUAAACACGCCAAGUGAACCCCCUCUGGAUACCUCAAACAUCUCAAGGAUGUUUACCCACCUACACAAGAGGGAGUGCCUCCUAUUAAAGCCACCAUUUUGUGAAAACAAAACUCGAUACCAUGGUAACCGCUUUGCAGCUUCGUUCCCUCUCUCUAUCCCUUUUCUCCAUUGGGACAAAGGUGUGUUUAUUUUCCUGAUGUUUCCUGGUGUUGUUUCAGGCUGUGAUUUAGACACAGGAAGUGUCUAAUCACAGGAAGUGCUUUUGUUUUUGGCUCGAGCCCUAUCAGAAGUCGACGCAACACUCCUCCGACGCCCCCGUUUGAUAAAGUGGAGCUAAGGUAAAGGGUGAAGCUGUGAAGGGCGAUCACAGGACCCACUCGGCGGCUUAAAAAAAAGGUGGCUCUUGGCAUCGCUGAGUGGAAUUUAACACACUACACCUACACCUGCAGCAGUGGAGGCUGGAAUCUGACACACUACACCUAUACCUGCAGGCUGCCCACGGAGCAGUGGAAUUUUACACAGAAGCCCGUCCGACUUGUACGCGCUCAUGUUUCCUACUGGUUUGGAAAAAAAAAAAUCUGAGAAAAAACUGCAAUCGCACCACGGGGAUCUGCAGCCAAUGAGCCUUGAAAUCAUGUUAUUACAGUUUAACACAUCAUUUAUGCCAGUGUUUUUCUGUUUUUUUGUCUCUUUACAUUGAACACAACAAAACAAGCAACCGUUUAAAGCAGACAUGAGUCACACCGUGAGCUUUCAUGUUACAUUUUCUUUUAAAGCGUAAGAUUCAGUAACUUAGAUCUGCAGCUUUUUUGUCAUAUUCACUUUAAAUGAUCUGUUUGCAGCGUUUACAGAUGUUCAAGAUGCAAAAAUCUAUUCUAUGGAAUCAAGUUGAGUGCUUAAGUACUUCUGUGAUCAUCUGUUUGUAUUAAACUAUGACAUAUAUAAUGUAAGUGUAAGUGGUAAG